AUGUCAUCUAGCAAAAAGUGCAUUGUACCAACAAUAGUUCAAGAUACAUCACCUUCACGAACUGUAAGUUUCAAUGAAUUAACUGGUGGCAAAGAAAGAGUACGUAUGUCGCUAAGUGUGGAAGAGUUGGCAUUGUUGAAUGAAAUUCAACGUCGUGGACGAAUUAAUUCUUCCACUAACGUACGAACAGGAAAGAUUAGUGUUUCGGAAUUAAUGGGAUGUGGUGAUAAAAACGCUGACAAAAAGAAACGAAAAAAAGAUCGUAAUGGUUCAGUAAUGACUGCUGAGAGUAAUAAAGAUCACCACAAUCUUUUACCAUCGAUAAUUGGAACAACAAAUCACGGAAUAUCAGUCGAUCCAGCUACUCUCCUUGAUGUUGCAGGAUGGAAGAUUCCUCCAUUACCACCAGGACUUGUCUCAAUAACUCAUGAAGCAGAUCGUCAUCCAUAUCCAUCAGCUCUUCCCACAUGUAUAUUUGAAAAAGCGAUGAAAGCAGCUGCGAUUGUUCAUGCUGGUUCUCAGUUGUCACCUUUAUCUACCCGACAUAAUACUGCUGGUAGCGGUAACGGAGUAGCAGCAAACGGGAAUACGACUCAGUUAGCACCAUUGGAUUUGAUUCGACUAUUACCACCACUUUCCCCGAUGUAUCCAUUGAUUUCAGACGGAAUGCAACGACCUGCGACACCUACAGCAUUGGGGCAUGGUAUCUCUGCCCAUGGUUUGGGUCCUCAAAGACAAGGUAAUGAAGAGGAAAUUUCAGCACUAGCAGGACCAGCCAUAGCUCAGUUGGUAGAGCGGAGGACUGUAGAGUAUAAGCUGACAUCCUUAGGUCGCUGGUUCGAAUCCGGCUGGCUGGAGAGUGCCUAA